ACAACCAAUUCCCUACUUUUUCUCUUAGUGUCCAAAGGAUAUAUCCACAGACAUGUUUGCCCGUCUUUGUAGGCGCUUUGGGAGAGUUGAUGUUGAUAGAGAAGAGUCUAGAGUGAAGCAAACGAAACCUAAAGCGGCCUGCAGACAGACGUCAUCCCCUGAAAAUGUCCUAAACAAGGUGCAGGCCAACGAGGAAGAGGAGAGGCUGAAUAGAGAACUGGAGCUAACUACCAAGGAGAGAAAUGAGCUGACAGAUCGCCUCCUUUAUGUGACAGGUGGAUCCAUGAGCAAGAGCCCCUACUUCAGGCCAAAUCCAUUUUAUGAAAACUUGAAGAUAAAGGAGAAAGAGGUCAUGUCAUUACUGCACAACUUAGACCCAAAGAACAUUGAACAUCGUGAGAAAUUUCAGGAGCUCAAGAAGGAGAUUAACUUCUAUCGCAACCUGCACAGCCGGCUCCUGAUGGACCAGGCAUGUAUGAAGAAGAAGUUGGUCACAUUGAAGCAGGAGAGCAAGGAGUUAGAGCGAUAUUUGUUUGAGUUGAACCCGAAUGCUGAAGACGAACAGGAGAAGACCAGCAACCUCCAGACCCAGCAAAAUUUGGUAGGAACAAGCAGCUGAGUCAGAUUAACAAUGUCUGAUACCAUUUGCCUAUUGGAUACAUCUUUGCUUCCCCUAUCAUCUUUCUAAUCUCCCCACACCCAAUCAGUCACCCACCUCAUGUGAUAGAGUUAUUCAUUGCU